CAGGGGUGGACUGACAACUCAUGGGGCCCCCGGGCAAUAGGGGAUCAUGGGGCCCCUGUGUCCUUGCCCAAACUCAAAAAAGCCUAUGAAAAAGGUACCAGGGGCAUCUCAUGGGGCCCCCUACUGACCCCGGGCCCUCGGGCAGUGCCCGAGUUUCCAAAUGGUCAGUCCGCCCCUGGUUAUACUUCACAUGAAUCCAUAUAAUGAAUAACACACUACAAAAAUACUCCUAUGAAGUUUAUGAAAACAAUUUUCAGUAGGAAGUAAUGGCAAAAGUACAAAUCAAUACUGUAUUU